AGAGAGAGGUAGAGGGAGAGAGAGAGAGAGCUGCAGUGGAUUAGCAGCACCGGUGUACUUAAGGUGGGAGAGAGAGGCCGCAGGGCUGCCAGUGUCUGCGCAGCAGCGGGCGGGGACAGAGAGGAUGCAGCAGAUUUAUAUGCAGAGCAGUGGGCACUUUGAGGUCUUCACCACAGUCUUCUCCCCUCAAGUCUGCAGAUCCAGAAGCAGACACAGGCAUACAGAAGUAGAAAAGAUGGUGGUAGCAGUCAACUACAGGCCCCAUUGGCCAGAUGAGCUCGAACUCCGCCAUGGUGACAUCGUUCACGUUCUCUUCAAAGAUGACGAGUCGUGGUGGUUUGGGCGCCGGCAGAACGGACAGGAGGGAUACUUUCCCGCUACAUACGUGACCAAAUUGAGAGAGAGAGAUGAUACCAUAGAAGCCACUCCGAGCUUGUUAAAUAGGGGGUCGGUCCAGGCUAUGCCAGCUGAAGUCUUGGGGGUUUGUGCAAGCAGUGUCAACCUUAAAUCUCCCAAGAGCAGGAAAGAGAGCAUGCACCCCAGUGAUGGUCCUGCCCAUUGCUACACUGGCCUCUUGAAUCGAAUCCUACCCAGGUCCCGGAGGAAGAGUCAAUGUCUGCUGGACCUCAAUGGCAACAUCAACGGGGCAUUCGAACCAGACUGAGCUGGCACCACUAGCAGAAGGGUGGGGUCAAGGCCGUGGAGGGCGGGGAACAAAAUUAGCUGCAGCUCUGAGCAAUGACGGACCCUCCCCCCGCCAUUUGGAGGGCAAUCGAUACACACAACGCUUCUGAGUGGAAACCAUACCGAAUCGCACGCAGCCUCAGAAAUCAGCUAAUUUUUCGGACAGUUAAUGUCAAACCAUAAACAAUACUGGAUAUAUCUAACCACUAUAUAGCCACAAAAUAUUAAAUACAUUAAAAUUGCUUAUAUAUUAAAAUGUUCAAAGUCCUCUGUUGCGGCUAAAUGUGUAGCACAACAGCUACAUUUGCAAUACAUUGGCAACUAUUUCCAAUGUGUCUUUUGCCACAGUCUGGUCAUUGAAACCUGGUACUUAAUUUGCCUUGUAAUGGUUUGGCAUGACAGGCCAAAGUGCUUUUCCAUACUGACACACCUACAAAAAUAAAAGCGCAGUACCUAUGGAGUGUUUUACAAAGCCGGAAAGUGGGUGAACUGGCCCUUUAAGAGCAAAACCACUCACAACAUUACAAAUCACUGCAGCUAUUGAAUGCAUCCCUGUUGUCCCUGUUGUCAGGUGACCUAACUGCUGCUGUGUGGUCUAUUGGCAGUUUUUAGGAGUGUAAAAUUAUAUUUCUGAUAAUGCUGUAAUUAAUAAAGGCAUUAAUUAAAAUUCAGCUCGUAUAGUAACGUUUAACAAAUCUUAAUGCUAUGUCAUUGCUGUUUAAGUUAUAUGUAAGCAUAAAUACUGUUGAACGUUUGGCAAAAUCUCAUUUGCUAUUUAGAGUCAGAGGUUAGAGGUUUUAUGCUCAACUUAGGAUAAAACAGUUUAUAUUUGUUUACUCAAGCCAAAAGAUUUUAUUUUUAUGCGUGAGACAGGUAACAUGUAGCCUUAUUUUAUCUGAUUUGCUCUCAACUGUGCUGUGUGAUUUAUGUUUGUACUGCUGUAUAUAAUGUAUUGUAUGAAAAUCUAAUCAAUGGAACAUUUGAUAAAAUAAUGAAAACCUG